AUGAAGAUAAUCAAUCUAUCGACGCCGACUCGCAAGCUGUGGAAUCGGAACCAAUUCCUCGACCUUGAGAUUGAACGACUUCAAGAGGAGAUUGGCGUCAAAGAGCGCAUCGGGAUACCUUUGCCAGUCAACCUCAAGGCGCAAUUUCUCACAGUAUUGGAGAACUUCGUCAACGUACAUGCCGAACUGAAGAACAUACAAGAGAAGACGCAGUUGCAACAGAGCCUCCAGGCUCGCGAGUUCACAAGCUUCAUCAGCCUCCCCGCCGAGCUACGACUGAAGAUCUGGAGGCUCGCCUUUGCCUCUCAUACUCAACCUCGCGUACACUAUGUGCGCGUCGCCAAUUCGAGCGGCGACCGGGACGUCACUUUCAUCUCGAAUCAACCUGUCUCUCCCAUCCUCCACACGAAUCACGAGUCCCGCUCCCACUAUUUCCUCAAGACCCAGUCGACAUUCGCAUUCGAAACAUACAUUGAUUUCGACACCGAUGUCAUCUACAUCCCUGACUUAGAAGACCGCCGCUUGUCCUUCCGCGAGUUCCUGGAUUUCAAAGAUUCGCAAAAGAUACAAAAGCUGGCCCUGCGGAAGAAUUUCUUCUGUGACAUCCCACUCCCUGGCCACUUUUCCAGCAAGCACCUCGAGAUGGCGGAUAGUUUGCGGAACUGGAAUCAGAUGAUUGUUAUCUUUGAGGACAAACGACCUGCGAUUGAGGUUUGGAAGGAUACAUCGAUGGUGUUUAGGGAGUUCUCUGCCAGGCAGAAGAGAGCGACGGCGGAGAGGUCAUAUGUGCGGCAGCAGUGCAAAGUUUUGAAUAGCAUGCUAGAAGGGAUUGAUGAGGAGACUAUGGAUUUCCGAUUUGGUCAGCUUGAAAGUGGCCUGGAUGAUGUCGGCCUUCUUACUGCCUCUUUAGCCGAGGGCCUGGAGAUAUCCAGUAUUUGA